AGGGAUUCACUCGAUCAUCUGACCAACUGGCAUGCCCAUUAGUUUACAUGGGGGGAGCCCAUUCAUCUGCUCAGACAGUGGGAAUGGAUUCACUCGGUCAUCUCAACUGAAGGUACAUCAGCAAGUUCACACUGGGCAAGGCCAUUCACCUGUUCUGUGAGUGAGAAGGGAUUCAGUUGGUCUUCCCACCUGCGGACACACCAGUCAGUUCACACUGGGCAGAGGCUGGUCAUCUGAGGAAUUUGUGGAGAAGGAUUGACUUGGUCAUCUGUCCUAAUGGCUCACCAGCGAGUUCACACCGGGGAGAGGCCGUUCACCUGCUCAGACUGUGGGAAAGGAUUCACUUCCACAUAUAAGUUACUGAGACACCAGUCAGUUCACACUGGGGAGAGGCCAUUCACCUGCUCAGACUGUGGGAAGGGAUUCGCUCAGACAUCUCAACUGAAGGUACAUCAGCGAGUUCACACUGGGGAGAGGCCAUUCACCUGCUCGGACUGUGGGAAGGGAUUCGCUCAGUCAUCUCAACUGAAGGAACAUCAGCAAGUUCACACUGGGGAGAGGCCAUUCACCUGCUUGGACUGCGGGAUGGGAUUCAUUUCGUCAUAUAAGUUACUGAAACACCGGUCAGUUCACACCGGAGAGUGGCCGUUCACCUGCUCAGACUGCGGAAAGGGAUUCACUGAGUUACCUCAACUUCAGGUACAUCAGCGAGUUCACACCAGAGAGAGGCCAUUCACCUGCUCAAACUGUGGGAAGGGAUUCGCUCAGUCAUCUCAACUGAAGGUACAUCAGCGAGUUCACACUGGAGAGUGGCCAAUAACCUGCUCGGACUGCGGGAUAGGAUUCGCUUUGUCAUCCCAUCUGAAGAUACAUCAGCGAGUUCACACUGGUGAGAGGCCGUUCACCUGCUCAGACUGUGGGAAGGGAUUCACUUCAUCAUCCCAUCUGAAGAUACAUCAGCGAGUUCACACUGGGGAGAGGCCGUUCACCUGCUCGGACUGUGGGAAGGGAUUCAUUUCAUCAUCCCAUCUGAAGGUACAUCAGAGAGUUCACACUGGGGAGAGGCCAUUUACCUGCUCAGUCUGUGGGAAGAGAUUCACUCAGUCAUCCAGCCUAAUGGCUCACCAGCAAGUUCACACUGGAGAGAGGCCGUUCACCUGCUUGGACUGUGGGAAGGGGUUCACUCAGUCAUGCCAUCUGAAGGUACAUCAGAGAGUUCACACUGGGGAGAGGCCGUUCACCUGCUCGGACUGUGGGAAAGGAUACUCUCAGUUAUCUCAACUGAAGGCACACCAGGGAGUUCACACCGGAGAGUGGCCAAUCACCUGCUCGGACUGCGGGAAGGGAUUUGCUUCGUUAUCCCAUCUGAAGAUACAUCAGCGAGUUCAUACCGGAAAGUGGCCAAUCACCUGCUCAGACUGUGGGAAGGGAUUCCCUUCGUUAUACCAACUGAAGAUACAUCAGCAAGUUCACACUGGUGAGAGACCAUUCACCUGCUCAGACUGUGGGAAGGGAUUCACUCGAUCAUCCCAUCUGCAGAUACAUCAGCGAGUUCACACUGGUGAGAGGCCGUUCACUUGCUCAGUCUGUGGGAAGGGUUUCACUUCGUCAUCCCAACUGAAGGUACAUCAGCAAGUUCACACUGGGGAGAGGCCGUUCACUUGCUCAGAAUGUGGGAAGGGAUUCACUCGGUCAUCCCAACUACUGGCACACCAGCAAGUUCACACUGGGGAGUGGCCUUUCACCUGCUCAGAAUGUGGGAAGGGAUUCACUAAGUCAUCCACCUUACUGGUACAUCAGAGAGUUCACACUGGGGAGAAGCCGUUCACUUGCUCAGAAUGUGGGAAGGGAUUCACUCAGUCAUCCAUCCUAAAGGCACACCAGCGCCUUCACACUGGGUAGAGACCAAUAUGCUUGGACUUCGGGAAGAAAUUCUCUCAGCCAAAACAACCAGUGUGCAUCAUUGAGUUCACACUGGGGAGAGGCCGUUCACCUGCUGUGAAUGUAGGAAGCAAUUCACUCAGUCAUCUAAUGUUAUGUAGCUUCCAGUUGUGCUGGCAGCUUAACAGAGGGGGUUAUAGCCCCCAGUCUGGCCAAACUGAAGAAUCUCGUUUGGGUGGAUACUGAGCGAUGUGUCCCCUGUGUAAUCUGCCCUUGGGGUUCAUACUCUCUGUGGACUGUCUCUUUAAAGUGCAAAGAGAACCGAGACUGACCUUGGACACGCUGUUGGAUUUCUGCAGAAGUGCUGGGUUGCUAUGGUGACCAGCUAAUGUUUAUGUUCUGUGUGGUUAAGCAAGGUCAGAAUGAUCCUUUACCAACACAGAACAAGCAAGCGACUUCUUACAGAGAAGUCUAUUAUCCCCCCCCCCCAUCUUGUGAACUAAAUUGAAUCUACCACAUCAUUGUAAGACAAUGUCGUUUACCACCUUGGUUUUGGAUUUUAUAUACAGGUGGCUCCCGUUUUUCGGACGUUCGCUUUACGACAGCUCACUGUUACGAAAGACCUACAUUAGUACCUGUUUUUGCUAACCAAAGAUGAUUUUCACUUUUAUGAUAAAGAUGAUGACUGCUUUAUACGUGAGUUUACCCCGAGAAAGACUACCGUGACCGUGAAGCCUUGUGCGGCAGUUGUGUACGCAUGCGUGCACGUGCCGAUUUUUUUUCUCUCCAAAUCAAUUUCAGUUCACUAUCUUCCCGAUUUUCAGUGAAACUACACCGUACAUACAAUAUUUCUACUUUAUCAUUCCUACUUUUACUAUAGGUUAGUGUUAUUUUAGGUUUUAUGUGCUAUUUGGUAUGAUUUGGUGGGUUUUCUUUGGGUCUGGGAACAUCCAAAAUCUU